AUGCAAGAUACCAACAACACUGUGGUGAAGGAAUUUCUUCUGCUGGGCUUUUCCGACUUGCAUGCAUUUCAAAAUGUUUUGUAUGGCCUUGCACUUCUAGCAUACGUUAUAUGUGUCUUUGGAAACAUUGCCAUAAUUAUUUUAGUUAGAAUGGAGGCAUCGCUUCACAGUCCCAUGUAUUUUUUCAUUAGUAUCUUUGCUGUUUUAGAAAUAAUGUUUAUCUCAGUUUCCGUUCCAAAUCUCUUAUCAAUCUUACUUCAGACUAAGAAGACCAUAAUAUUCAUUGGCUGCUUUGCACAAAUGUAUACCUUUAAUGCUUUGGGGGAAACCGAAUGCUUUCUCCUUUCAUUAAUGGUAUUUGAUCGAUACUUGGCUAUAAACAAUCCAUUGAGAUAUUCAACAAUUAUGAACAGUAAAUUUUGUUCAAAAUUAGCAGUUCUUCCAUGGCUUGGUGGUUUCUUUGUUUCCUUCCUCCCUACAUGUCUUACUUUUCUUUUGGAGUUUUGUGGCCCUAACAUGAUUGACCACUUUUUCUGUGAUCUGGCUCCAGUGCAAAAAUUGGCAUGUUGCAACUCUUUUUACAGUGGCAUGGUUACAGUUUUGGCUGCAAUUAUUUCUGUUGUUUUUCCAUUUGUUACAAUUGUCACAUUAUACAUUUGCAUAAUAGUUACUGUCCUGAAGAUUAAAAGCAAGGAUGGGAAAAAGAAAGCGUUUUCAACCUGCUCUUCUCAUCUCAUUGUAGUAUGUCUGUUCUAUGGUUCAGCAAUUAUUGUGUACGUCAGACCUCAAGGCAGCCACUACGAUAAAUUCCUUGCGCUAAUGUACACGGUUGUCACUCCAGCACUAAACCCCUUUAUUUACACCUUAAGAAACAGUGAGGUAAAGCAAGCACUCAAAAAAUUAUUAAGACAACAUUUCAUGCAGCAUCCACGUUAG